AUGCCCCCAACGAUGAAGCUCUCGUCACUGCUAGCACUGCCCGCUGGUCUGAUCGCGGCAGUCUACGCAAACGAAUACUCGGAAAACCUCCAUCUCAAACCACUACCUGGCGGAUCACUGUACGCGGGAUUCAACUUCACAGCAUCGACACCACUCGAGGCCUACGAGCGCCAACAUUUUCGAUUCUUUCCUCGUUCUCUAGGCCAAAUUCUACAAUUCACACGUACGGAGGAGCUACAUCUACGAUUCGCAUUGGGCCGCUGGGACGAAAGCAGCUGGGGAAGUCGGCCGCGGAAUGGGAGACGAGAAGGGGGCACGGGAGUAGAGCUAUGGGCAUGGAUCGAGGGUGAUACCAGAUCAGAAGCGGAAGAACGAUGGAGCGGACUGGUUAACAGCUUGAGUGGUCUGUUCUGCGCCAGCUUGAAUUUCAUCGAUCAGACCAAGACGAUACAGCCUCUAUUGAGCUUUGAUCCGGAGGGUACCUUGAGGUCGAACGGCUCAGGACUGCAUCUCAUGCAUGGCGUACUGCCACAUGAGGUUGUGUGUACGGAGAACUUGACGCCAAUCCUCAAGCUGUUACCGUGCAAGGGCAAAGCUGGCGUCUCGAGCUUGCUGGAUGGACACAAGGUCUUUGAUGCGAAUUGGCAGACGAUGGCUAUCGAUGUGAAGCCGGAAUGCAAUGCUCAGGGACGUUGCGAUUUGCGAAUCGAACAGACCGUCGACCUCGUCUUGGACAUUGAACGCAGCAUGAGGCCGCGCGACAAUCCGAUUCCACGCCCGAUCCCAACAGAUCAGCUUCUCUGCGAUGAGAGCAAGGGGUACAACUCUCACGACAGCUGUUACCCAAAAAAGCGUGAAGGAGAAACGGAAUGGUCGAUCAGUCGAAUAUUUGGACGGCCAAUCCAAGGUAGCUGUUCGCCGGGUGAUGGUUCCGUUUCCGAGGUCUACCUGGACGUCCCUACUUCAAGACAGGUCGUCGCUACUUCAAUGGGGACGGAGGAGACUUCGGAUGAAACGGCGCGGCACUAUCGAUUGCGAGACGGCGGAGACCUGGAUCUGACGCUUCCCCAACAGGUCCUCGAGGGAGGGGAAUCGGCUCAGGAAAAGGCACUGCACGCGAGUCGACAAAUCACUGGCUACGGUCAAGAGCGCGGUGGUAUGCACGCCGUCGUUACGAAUCCGCAUCCAUAUGCGCAGCGGAUCGUCUACCUGGAAAGCCUGCCUUGGUUCCUUCGACCGUACAUGCACACCCUGGAGGUACGAGGCGCGAGCAUCGAGAAGAUGUACUACAGCCCCGCCAUCGAUCGGCGGAGAGGGACUCAGCUGGAGUUGGUGCUGGAAAUUCCACCGAUGUCCACGAUCGAAAUAACGUACGACUUUGAGAAAGCCAUCCUAAGAUACACAGAAUAUCCUCCCGAUGCCAACCGCGGCUUCGACAUUGCGCCGGCGGUCAUUAGGGUUUCGUCAAAGGAUGGGCAGGACAGCUACGUGCGGACGACGUCUCUGCUGCUGCAAAUUCCGGUUCCUGACUUUAGCAUGGUUCGUGGUACCCGCCUCUCCUGUGCUCUGUAA